AUUACACUUGCCUCUUCUCUAACAUGUUCCACUGGUGCGCAGUUAGAACCUUGUGCACACUGCAAAAGCUAUAUAAAAUUCCACUACUACCCCUCCCUCUGCAUUUUCCACGUUACAAUGGCGAACCACGCCAACUAUUCGUCUUCUCUCCUUCGCCUUCUUCUCCUAACCCUAAUCGUCGCUGGAAUCGAACUCGCCGCCGGCGGAAAGCGCUCGGUACAGAUCCCCGAUGAGCUCGACGACGUGGUCGACGACGAGGAGGACGAGGCUUGGAAGGAAUGGGGCAAAAGAUCUGCUCCACCCACAAAAUUCGACCCUCCCCCAACCGAUUUUUCGGGGAUGGACUUGUCCGAGAUCCAGGCCGAAAUGUUAAAGCGGCAUUCCGGGCCGGCCUUCGGGUUCGUUAAGCUUCGAUUGGGAGUUCGUCGGUCUCCGGAUAUGGUAGCUGAGAUUGCUAUGAAAUGGACAAAGGUUCUCAGGACCGGAGCGAUCGAGGCUAAUUUCAUGGGCGUAGAUAUAAGCACAGUCAUGUUCACUAUGGAAAAAGGCCAAGACAUAACAGAGUUGAAAGAGUUCAUAUUGAAUGAACCAGAAGCUUAUGAGGUGAAGAUAGGGGAUCAAGUUUUUCGAAGACCUGGAGACCCUCCUCUAGAGGAAGUUGUUGAGAUGCUCCACAAAGAGAAAAACAAGGAGAAAAGUGACAGUCCUAGGAAGGAAAAUGGGCACCCGAAAGAGGAGUUAUAGUUGACUGGAAAUCCUACUUAGAUACCCCUAUGGAGCAUUGUUUUUACUCUAUUCGCUUUUGUCUGAUCCAUGGUCGAGAUGCUUCAAAUUUAGUAAAACAAGGAAGAAAUUAUAGUGUCCGAGAGAAUUGAAACCUGAAAGAAGGGUUGUAGUUGACCAGAAAUUGCCCUUAGAUAACACGAUUGAGCAUUGUAUACCCUUUGGUAGAAUCCAUUGUUGAUAUCUUUGCAUUAAUAGACUUAUCAUUUGGAAGAUUGUUCUUCCACCUUUGUCUGAUUC